GCAUAAUCUGAGAUUGGGCAGUUAUCAUUAUUCAAAUUUCCAUUGUCCAAGAUGAACUCAAAGAUUUUAUCCGGAUUUGUCCUCCUCCUCGUGGGGCUGGUCGCAGUCACGGUUGCGAACCCCGUCGCGGAAGAAGAUAGUCAUCGUGACGCCAGAUUCUUCGGAUUGUUCGGAGGAUAUGGCGGCGGGUACGGCGGUUAUCGAGGGGGGUACGGUGGCUACGGAUGGGGCGGAUAUCGCGGCGGAUGGGGCGGCGGAUGGGGUGGUUACCGAGGAGGUUACGGUGGGUGGGGCGGGUAUCGAGGCGGGUACGGAGGGUAUCAUGGCGGAUGGGGUGGUGGUGGUGGUGGGUGGGGCGGCGGCCAUCACCAUGGAGGAUGGGGACGUUAAAGUGACACGAUCUUUAAAGAAAUUCUCAUCUCGAUUUGUCGUAAUUUGAUUUCAUAUAAAUCUUGAGAUGAAAUAAAUACGAGUAGUUCAACAUCUA